GGACGUGGUGGGUGGCGGUAUAAGUAGAGGCCUGCAUUCGCCACCGUUCUCAUACCCUCACCACGUCCUUCGGCUACCUCUUACUUUUACUUAAUACCCCUUUUUCCAUUUUUUUUUCUUUCUCUUUCUCUCUCUUUCUCCCUCCCUCUCUCUCUCUUCUUCUGUCUGCCUUUCCAUACACACGUGCACUCUCACUCGAUCUUUCCUUCUCUUCGUCUGUCUCGGUGCGUCCGCCUUGCCGUUCGCUAGCUUGCUCGAUCGUUCGUUCAUUCGUUUCGCGCCUCGUCGGCGAAGUCACGUCACGAAACUGUACAUAGGUCACGUCCUGCAGAAACGGCUCACCCAGUGAACAAUUGACAACGGAUCAACGGUAAAUCUCUUUGCGUCCGACUAGAGGUCCCAGUGUUGAUCACGACUGAUCGGAAAAAAAAAGACAGAGAUGAUCGCGAGUGCCCGGUGACAAUAUAUAAAAUUCGAUAGUAAUCGCAGAGAAAGUAUAUAUCGAUAUUAUCAAAAGAGUGCCAAUAUAAAUUAGACAGUACGAACUGAUUCAUCGAGAAGUUUUGUUUUUGACACUACCUGUUUCACGGAAGUAAGACGAAGAGAGGCGAGGAGAACAGUAUCUAGUGCAGACAUGUGGCUCAGAAGCGUGCUUUUAAUAUAUGGCGUCAUUGCGUGCACGUUAGCUGACAAUCCAUCGGAUAUUGUGCCAGUAUCCGGUGACAAUUUGAUUCGAACAAAAUAUGUUGCGGCAACAACGUAUCAGCCUCCCCGAGCUGUUAAAAUUGAAGAAUUCGUGACAUCACAUAAAUUGCCGGAAAAUGUACCAAGACCAUCUGAUGAUGAUGAAUAUUUUGACGAUAAAAAAGUUGUGCUUAAAGAUAAUAAAUAUGUUAAAAAAGUUAUUCAAAAAUUCGAGAAUAAUGAAAAAAAAGCGACACUCGAACCUGUCCGACGUUUAGAUUCAGACGCGGAUGAUGACUUGGAAAUUCUCAGUGCUAAAGGGCAAGCACAAGUGGAGCUCGAAAAUUUUAGCGAUACUGGAAAGGUUUUACAGGAUGAAAAAAUAAAGAAAGUUGACUCUAAAAGACCGUCAAGUGAACAGGACGAGGUUAUUCCAGGAGUUUACGUUAGCGCAGAAUAUGCAACAACUAUGUUACCUGUUCUCACAACCUCACGUGAAGCGCAUGGUAAAGAGAGUCCUUUCGAUUUUAUUCCCGUAAACAUUAUUCGCGAAGAUAGCAAAAAUAGUUAUGCACAUUUUUCGGAUGCAAAUUUUGGAGACUUGAGUGACGUAAGCCUGAUACCGGCUGGUACAAAUUCUCGUAUUCAGGUGAAAAAAGGACCAAAUGGCAAAGACUAUGAAUACGAAUAUGUAUAUUACUAUUACGACGAGGAGGAUGAAAACAAAGCAGGUACGGCAGGUUCAGCUGUGACGAAUUCUUACGACAUUCCUUCCAGAACAACCUCCGCACCUAGAAGAGGAGGCAUUGUCAGUAACAGAAGUAAAUACAAUACCGUAGAAAGAUCGAGCACCGUGGAACCUAGCAACAAUGAGGUCAUCCCGAAUAAAAAUGGCAAUAGAGGCAGACAAUUGCUUGAAACCGAAGACGUCUCCGAGGAAAGGCUACCUGCAAAUACACGUUUUCCUCCAAGAUCGCGAUCAAAUCAUAACACAGCUACAACGGAAUCUUCGCGAGGCCGUAGUAAUCGACCGCGACCAGGUUUGGAUCUAGUUGAUUCCAGCAGCUUCCGGACUCAUCAGGAAGGUCCUGAAUUUCCGCAAACUUUGCCAAAGGGACCUGUUAGAUUUUUGGGCGUUACUCCUAAUGAGAACAAUGAAGAAAAACAAUUAGUUAGAAACCGUGGCAGACCACAGAGGAUUCAAGAGCCCGCUCCUGUUGAAGAAGAGAUCGACGAUGCACCGGCACCUGCCAUUAAAAGACGUCCAAGCAGCACGGCAACACCUGAAGCUGAAGUUGAACUGAGCAGAGGUCAACCGCCACGUUCUAACGAGGAAGACGAUACAGAGAAUGCCGAACCAGAGAAACCUGACAAUAAACAUACAUCUGCAGAAGACAAGCAAGAAUCGAGCGAAACGGAUUCUUCGGGCACUAUCGUUGAUACUACGGAUAAUCCAACUACGGAAUAUCCAUCGACUAUGGACAAAGUUGCUUUGGAUCUCUACGCCUUUCUGCAACAAGGACAGAAUAACUUGGUAGAUGCGUUCAACAGCGAGGCUGGCGAAACGCAAGACAACACGACAAUACCUGACGACGAGAUUACGACCGAUAUAGUGACGACGACGGAACUUGCAGCUACUACGAUCGUUGCCGAGUCUAUUAAUCCCACGACAACGACAACUACAACAACGACAACGGAACCGACAACCACGACGACGACCACGGAACCAUCGACCACCACCACUCAAAUUCCCAUAGGAAGAGGAAAAUUCCGACGACCUGGAAUCGGUGGCCCAGUAGCCUCGAGAAAUCGCUUCAAGUCCAAUGGCGGCAGUAGUACUAGUACCGAAGCGACCGUAUCAGAACCGACCCAAAAAGUCAGAGGACGUUUCGGAGGUGGCAAUUUAAAUGGCAAUGGAUUCAAGCGACCUCGACCAGGAGGUAACUUCAAACCAAUCGAGGAGGAUACCAUACAGAAAGAGACGUCUAGCUCGGUGAACGCGGAGAAACCAGUGUCCGGUCGCGGCAGAUUCCGCGCGCCUUCUUCCAGCAGAACUGCUGUGUCGACGACGACGACGACGACAACGGCAUCGACUCCGUCGAACGGUGGUGCCUCGACAAAUGGUGCCACCGCGGCUCGACCUGCUUUCAGUAAAUUGAACAUCAAUCGAAGACGCGGGCGACCGACCACGAACGCACCAGGAAGCGACGAGUCCCAGGAGGCGCCGCAAUCCGAAACCAGCGCACAGACUGUCGGCCAAAUCGCGUCGGAAGCUACGACGAGUGCCCCGAAGAACGCUGUGCGCGCGCGACUUCCCGGCGCACCUGUAAUCAGACCUGCCGCCAUCAGGCCACCAGGUGGCAGAGUCAAUUUGAGACAGAAACCGGGACAAGUGACUACCUCAACGACGCUCGCGCCAGAAACCGCCGAAGGUGCUAUUGAUGAGCCGGCCGGAGAGGGAACCGAGGAGGAGACGCACGAGGCACCAGCGGAAACCAGUCCGCCGGCGCGUUCGACUACAUCGAAUCCCUUGAAUAAAUUGAGAAAUCGUAAUCGGUUACAAGUGCAUCCGAAAACGACGACAAAGUCGCCGUUGCCGCCAUCGAUCAGAAGAUCGCCGUUGCUACCGCGACGCAAAGUGACCGAGACCUCGCCGGCAACUCAGACGAGUCAGGAGGAUACAUCCUCCGAAGAGGAGGUCACUUCCUUCAGUGAGACAGAGCCGACCUCCGAGGCGACUUCCGUCGAGACCAGCACGGCAGCUAAAACGAAGCAUGAUGAGACACGUGGUCUAGGCGGUCUUCUUGCACCUCGACGCAGGAUACCGGCGCGACGUCCGGGUCAGAUAGCUCAGAUUCAGGCCUAGAUCGCAUAUAAAUAAAAAGCACUCGCGUCUUGGACUAUGAGCUCAAGAUUCACUCGCGAGGAUUUGGACGAUUCCCAUGACCUAUCAAAAGGAAUAUAAAUUAGAUAAUCUGUAGAAUUGAAGACACACGCAUAUCGAAUGUCGCGCUUUCGGACAGAUAUCUAAUUUUUUUUUAAAUACUUUUUCUGAUCAACAGCACAAAUAUUUUGUAUGCCGAAACAAAAAUGACAGUUUUGGCAUCCUUUACAAUCGCUUACAAUAGUGUUUU